AGAGCCAAGAGAUCAGAGUAGGGUGAGAAGGCUGCAGUGAAGAGGGUGUCUUCAUUCAAGCAGGCUCCUCCAUUCCCAGUCCUGAGCUCCCAUCUGGACCCUUCUGCUUUCUGAGCCAGUAUCUCCUACCUGGUCUGAGAAGUCAUGGCCUCAGUGAAUGAUCAAAGCCAGGCUUCAAGAAACGGGCUGAAGGGGAAGGUGCUAACUCUGGAUACUAUGAACCCAUGUGUCCGGAGGGUGGAGUAUGCAGUUCGAGGACCCAUAGUGCAGCGUGCCUUGGAGCUGGAACAGGAGCUGCGGCAGGGUGUGAAGAAGCCCUUCACGGAGGUCAUCCGUGCCAACAUUGGGGAUGCACAAGCCAUGGGGCAGAGACCCAUCACCUUCUUCCGCCAGGUCCUGGCCCUCUGCGUCUACCCCAGUCUUCUGAGCAGUCCUGACUUCCCAGAGGAUGUCAAGAGAAGGGCAGAACGUAUCUUGCAGGCAUGCGGGGGCCACAGUCUGGGUUCCUAUAGCAUUAGCUCUGGCAUCCAGCUGAUCCGGGAGGAUGUGGCGCAGUACAUUGAGAGGAGAGAUGGAGGCAUCCCUGCAGACCCGAACAACAUAUUUCUGUCCACCGGGGCCAGCGACGCCAUCGUGACAUUGCUCAAGAUGCUGGUGGCCGGCGAGGGCCGUGCACGAACGGGUGUGCUCAUCCCCAUUCCUCAGUACCCACUGUACUCGGCUGCGCUGGCUGAGCUAGACGCCGUGCAAGUGGACUACUACCUGGACGAAGAGCACGCCUGGGCUCUAGACCUCGCCGAGCUGCGGCGCGCUCUGUGCCAGGCACGUGACCGCUGCUGCCCUCGCGUACUGUGCGUCAUCAACCCGGGCAACCCCACUGGGCAGGUGCAGACCCGUGAGUGCAUCGAAGACGUGAUCCGCUUUGCUUUCGAAGAGGGUCUCUUCCUGAUGGCUGAUGAGGUAUACCAGGACAAUGUGUAUGCCGAGGGCUCUCGGUUCCAUUCAUUCAAGAAGGUGCUCACGGAGAUGGGGCCGCCAUAUGCGACGCAGCAGGAGCUUGCUUCCUUCCACUCAGUCUCCAAGGGCUACAUGGGCGAGUGCGGAUUCCGUGGUGGCUAUGUGGAGGUGGUAAACAUGGACGCUGAGGUGCAGAAACAGAUGGCGAAACUGAUGAGCGUGCGGCUGUGCCCGCCAGUGCCGGGCCAGGCCCUGCUCGACCUGGUGGUCAGUCCGCCAACACCCUCCGAGCCAUCCUUCAAGCAGUUUCAAGCAGAGAGGCAGGAGGUGCUGGCUGAGCUGGCAGCCAAGGCUAAACUCAUGGAGCAGGUCUUCAACGAGGCUCCCGGGAUCCGCUGCAACCCAGUGCAGGGCGCCAUGUACUCCUUCCCUCGAGUGCAGCUGCCCCCAAGAGCAGUGCAGCGCGCUCAGGAACUGGGCCUGGCGCCUGACAUGUUCUUCUGCCUGAGCCUCCUGGAGGAGACUGGCAUCUGUGUUGUGCCUGGGAGUGGCUUUGGGCAGCAGGAGGGCACCUAUCACUUCCGGAUGACCAUUCUGCCCCCCAUGGCGAAGCUGCGGCCACUGCUGGAAAAACUGAGGCAAUUCCAUGCUAAGUUCACCAAGGAGUACUCCUGAAGCCACUGCUAGGGCCACACUGGAUGGCCUCUGACUGGACAAGCAGGGUCCUUGGGCGCCCUCAGUAUUUGCUGCUUUUGUCUAGGGUCUGGGUACCUAUCCCUGCAGGUCCCUAAUAAAGGCUGGGUGUCAGCCUGACACGAAGUGGCUGCCUGGGUGACCCCAGCUUUUGGCUCCCC